AUGCCUUCCUUCACCUCCAAGCUCGCCCUUGCCGGCGCUAUCCUCGCCUCCAAGGCUGCUGCCCACGGUCUCGUCCAGGGCUUCGCCACCGACGGCCAGUACCAGGAGGGCUUCAUCCUCGACGACUACUACGCGAAGCAGAACACGGGCAAGGCCCCCGCCAAGGCCGGCUGGUACGAGGAGGCCACCGACAACGGCUUCGUUUCCCCCGAUGCCUACGGCAAGGCCGACAUCAUCUGCCACAAGAACGCUGAGAACGCUGCCAAGACCGGCACCGUCGCUGCUGGCGGCAAGGUCGACUUCUACUGGACCGCUUGGCCCGAGUCCCACUUCGGACCCGUCCUGACAUACAUUGCCAACUGUGGCACCGCCGACGACGCCUGCUCCACGGUCGACAAGACCACCCUGAAGUGGGUCAAGAUUGACGAGGCCGGUAUCAACCUGGACACCCAGAAGUGGGCUGCCGAGGACCUGAUCGCCAACAACAACACCUGGUCCGUCACCGUGCCCGACAGCAUGGCCCCCGGCCCUUACGUCUUCCGCCACGAGAUCAUCGCCAUGCACGGCGCUGGCUCCGAGGGCGGUGCGCAGAACUACCCCUUCUGCAUCAACAUCGCCAUCACCGGCAGCGGCACUGAGAGCCCCGAGGGCACCCUGGGUACCGAGCUGUACACCUCCACCGACCCCGGUAUCCUCUUCAACCCCUACACCACCCUGACCGACUACACCAUCCCCGGCCCCGCCCUCUUCGGCUCUGGCUCGACCGGCGGCUCGACUGGCGGCUCGACCGGCGGCUCCAACUCGACCACCCCUGCCACUCCCACCGGCAGCGGAGCCUCCCCAUCGGCCACCGGCGGUGCUCUCCCCACCUCCACCGGCUCGCCCGUCACUGGCGGCUACGCCGACGGCGAUGACGAGGAGAGCUCUUGCACCAAGGCCCGCCGUCACGCUCGUGACCUCAAGCGCCGCAACUAA